ACAUAGUCUAUUGUAUAAAUAAGUGAAUAGUUCAUCUCUUUUCUUCAGUACAUUAUCUGAAAGUAGUGUUAGAAUAGUAAAUAAUUUUUAUCUCUAUUGGUAAACACAAAUUCAGCCCUGGCAAUAUAUUUGCUGGCAAUUCAUCUCUAUCAACCCAAGAUAACUCAGUGCUUUUACUGAUCUAACCAUUCUCAUGGCAGACAUCAGACGGUUCUUUAAGGAGGCUGCCAUGCAGGUGGGGGCGGGAGGAUCUGCUGGGUUCGUGGAGGUGUGCAUCAUGCACCCCCUGGACCUGGUGAAGACCCGCCUGCAGAUGCAGAACUCCAAGCCUGGAGACCCGAACCACUACAGUGGAGUGUUCGACUGUAUGCGCAAGAUGCAGCGAACUGAAGGCUUCUUCUCUCUCUGGAAGGGCAUUCUUCCACCCAUCCUCGCAGAGACACCUAAGAGAGCUGUCAAGUUCUUGACGUUUGAGCAGUACAAGAAGUUUUUCAUGUUUGGUUCUCCGACCCCCACUCCUCUGACAUUCUCACUGGCGGGACUUGGGGCAGGUGUGACGGAAGCCAUCCUUGUCAAUCCCUUUGAGGUAGUCAAGGUCACCCUCCAGGCCAAUAGGUCUAAGGUUCAGUACACCCCCAGUACCUGGGCUGUCACCAAGGAGAUAGUCAGAGAACAUGGUCUAGGAUCUCGAGGACUCAACAAAGGAGUGACUGCAACUAUUGGACGAAAUGGAUGUUUCAACGCAGUCUACUUUGGCUUCUACCAUUCUGUGAAAGGAAUUUUACCAGAAAUGGAGGAUCCAGUGCACGAGUUUCUGCGUAAAGUUGGAAUAGGUUUUGUGUCUGGAACGCUGGGCUCACUGUUCAAUCUGCCGUUUGACGUGGCCAAGUCUCGGAUACAAGGUCCCCAGCCUGUCCCUGGACAGAUCAAGUACAAAGGAACACUUGCUACUAUUGUCAUUGUCUACAGAGAGGAAGGGUGGAGAGCUCUAUACAAAGGUCUGGUGCCCAAGGUGAUGAGACUGGGUCCUGGAGGUGCGAUCAUGCUGGUGGUCUAUGACUAUGUGUACCACAUGCUGCAGGUCAGGUUUCCUGAUUAAGCAACCAUCGAGUCUUCAGUAAAGAGAAUCAGUAAAGGACUUGUCCUGCCUUAGAGUUUUGUUACAACUGUGACAAAACGGCCAAGAUAAUUUGUGAUAAUAUAGCCUCUUUAACACUGUGAUCAAUAUAUUCAUGGCUGGUUAUCAGCUUUGUUUUGCAAAAUAUUUAUGCUAUCCGUAUUUUAACUUUUGACAUUAUUUUUUUAUAUAGUAGUAAAAUUAUAUUUUAAUUAAAACCUUUGAUAUCUCAUGUUUUUAAAUAAAAAUAAUAAUAUACCAUUUAAAAUAUAUAUUUUUGUAUUUACAAACUCAAACCAUAAUAUUGUUAGUGUCUUUUUUGUAUGCUUACUUAAUUAGCUAAGCUUGAAGUGUUAAUGAAAAAUAGAGUGUAGAUGCUGUUAUAAAUAUUUGUAAGUGUUUCGUACUUACAACAUAAUAAUAUUUAUGUUACUAAAACAAAAAAUAAAAGUUUUUCAUGCUUAGGCCUAAUCAGUGAUACUAAUAAUUUAAAACCUGAGACCACACAAUUUCUUUUAAUGCUAUAUUUCUUUUUUUUACAUCAUUAAAGUUUCAUUUACAAAUGACGUUUUUUUGCAAAGGUCUAUAGCAUAUACAUCUUGAUUUUUUUUAACUUGUAUUAUUAGAUUUGUAAUGUCUCUCAAAUUUAUUGAUUUAUUUGGUUUUAAUUUUAUUAUUUUAUACCCUAUUCAGAUAUUUUUUUUCUCCUAGAAAUGUGCCUGGAAACUUUUUACACAGUGCCAAAUGUCUAAAUACUGUAUGAUCAAACAAUGACUGUGUUUAAUUAACUUUGAUAUGAAUGUUAAAUAGUAUAUUGACUUUUGUCAGUACUGUUGUGGGAGGUGGUGCAAAUUAUUUUUCAUGAUAAUAUUGAGGUUGUUUAUGGAGGCAUUUAGAGUGGUGUUAGUUAAUUUUAGUUAUUAUUUUGUUGUAUUCCUUGUUAAUGUUGAUAUUUUAAAAGUAGAAUGAAAUUAAAUAACGUUUUUGAA